AUGAAUUUCGUAAAAACAUAUUAUAAAAAUUGCAUGGAUGCAUGUACACCUGCCAAAUAUUCUAUAGACCAAAACGAAAUAAAUCUAGCUGAUAUAUCUACAAGAUUAAAUCUAAAAAUAUUUGACUUUUAUAAUAGCACGCCCAGUAAUAUUAGUAUGAUGGAUCUUUAUGAAAAUAAUGAAGAUGAUAAAAAGGGGAUAAAACAAAAAACGAAAAAUAAAACAAAAUUGACGAAAAAGAAAAAUAAAAGAAAGAAUGAUUGUACACAUAUAGAUAACUUUAAGAUUUUGGAUAACGUUUUUCUGACACAUGUCAGUGAAACAUGUAAUAUGAAUAAAAAAAAUCACAGAAAUAAUCAAACUAAUUUAGAUAAAGAGAAUAAAGAAUAUUAUAAAAAAAAAGGGGAUAUUUAUAUAGAAAAUGCCUUUCCAAAUAUUUUAUCAAACAAAAUAUAUGAUGGAACUGUGAAUAUAUCUUAUAAGGAUUAUAACAAAAUGAAAGAAACAAGUAAAAAUAAAUAUACUAUCUUAUUAAAGGAACCAACAAGAGAUCAAAAUAUUAUUUCUUAUAAAUUUAAACAGGAAGAUAAAAUAAAAGAAGGAAAAAAAAAGGGAAAGAUGAAAAAAAUUUCGAAUAAAAAGUCAAGAAAAAAAAAAGAAGCAAACAUGUUAUAUGAAAAUGUUAAUGUUUUAAAAAUAGGAAAAAAUAAUUCAUACGAAGAUACAUAUGCUCUCAAUUCUCCAAAUGCAAAUAUUAUACCCUCAUCAAAAAUAUAUAUACCUAGAAUUAAUUUAUCAAGAUUUAAUUAG